GGCGCGUUAGGGAAUCGAGCAGCAACACAACCCACUAAAAAGUUGUCCUGUAGCUCGCCAGAUAGCAGCGUUUUCUUCUCAAAGUAAAGCUAUCGUCAAAACAAAACCCAGAAAAAAAUGACAUUGACACGUUGUUACUGAGUGUCUCUGGAAGUCUGCUGUCCAAACGGGUUAAAUGCGACUUUGACUGCGAUGACCUGUAAAUUAAGUGGCCUGUUCAGCAUUGGCGAGGACUUUGAUGAUGAGGACCUGCUGGGAACAGACUGGGCUGUCCGCUCAGCGUCUGGACCAGUCGAUGUGGCAGCUGCUGUGUCAUCUUGUGCUCUGCGGGCCUCCUCUGUUGCUCACAGAGAGCCGGAGAAAAAUUGCCUUCAGCAAACUGGAGCGAGAUCAGCUGCCCUGUGUAAUGGCACACCAUCAAGGAGCAGCACGCACACUGCUGCUGGGCAAACUGUUGCUCUGGGUUUGAGGCAGCUCUCCUCCUCCUCCUCCUCCUCCUCCUCCCCCCGGCCUCCCACGGCGAAUAACUGUCCGCGUAGUUUGGCAUCACAACAGAGUCAUGCUAACGCAGAAGGGCCACCGAAGCCCUGCGUGGCUCAGGAUGAUUUUGAUGAUUGGGAUGUUGACCUUGCAGACCUGGAGGAGUGCGACCGCCAGAUGGAACAAGCCCCUCCUCCAACCGCACCUGCGCAUGCUGUCGACCCUGCAUCUUCGGCCAAAACGCUGCGACCCCCUACCUGUGGAGGGAUUCAGACACGACCUGAUCGGAGCCUGGGAGAGCUCAGCACUGCACGCCAGGCUUCUGGCUCAUCUAGCUGUAACCUACCGCCUCGGACUUUCUCCGCUCCGCUGCGUUCUCCAAAUCCCCGCCCUUCUUUCAUGUCAGCCCCUCCACAGAGUCCAAGUGUUUUCCCUGGUUUUACUGCAACGACUUCUACCCCCCGCCCCAUUUCCAGGACACUCAACAGGCCCCAGCAGCCAGGGAGACCAUGGGGAACCCCUGGACCCUCCCCUCAGGGUCGUGGCCUCUUUGAGACAAUCUCCUCAGCGCCUUCCUCCUCCUCCUCCUCCCCGUCUGUGGGCUCCUCCGCUCUGAGAUCUAAUCCCCUUCACACACCGGUCCUCACCAACCGCCUGGUCCAGUUGGUAUCUGCCUCCAAUAAGUUUCCUAAGAAGAGGCCUCGUUCUGAGCCUCUCCGGCCCAGGACCCGACGCUUCCCCGGCCCCGCCGGACUCCUGCCUGAGCAGCUGCAGGGUCGGAGCCUGGACGAAAUAGUGGUUUCUGCUCCUCUGACUCCUGCUCACGGUGUUAUGGCCCGGUUACCCAGCCAGGGUUCCAGCUCACAGACGGAGGAGGACGACUUCAGUGGCGGCGCCUGGGCAGCGAUGAAGGCAGAGAUGGGAUUGGACGAGAGGAACCCCUCGUGCUUCCUGCGCUCCUACAGUGUUGUCAUGGUGCUUCGAAAGGCUGCACUCAAACAGCUGGCCAAAAACAAAGUGCCCAACAUGGCUGUACUCCUGAAGAGCAUCAUCCACACAAACACUGAUGCCAAGGUUGUGUUCAAAGACCCAACAGGGGAGAUUCAGGGAACAGUGCACCGGCGCCUCCUAGAAGACCGAGUGGAGGAGCUGAAGGUUGGAGCUGUACUGCUGCUCAAACAAGUGGGUGUGUUUUCGCCCUCCCAUCGUAACCAUUACCUAAACGUGACGCCCAACAACCUGCUGAGGAUCUACGCCCCUGAUGGAGUCAGUCUGUCCUCCGCUCGGCUCCCCCCGCUCGUCCUGGAGCCGUUGCUGCCGUCACCGGCUCAGUCUCCAAGUGUCCUCCGGGAACCCGUGUCUCAGAUGCACCUGGUGUUUGACGAGGAGGAUGACGAGGGAAAAUGCACAGAGGGAGGCGAAGACCCCCGAGCCCCAAUAGACACUAAAGCCAGCACCAGCAGAGGUCCCCAAGAGCCUGCUGGGAAGGCAGCACUGCAGGACCCAGGCUGGGAUUCAGAUGAUGACCUGGAUGAACUCCUGGGAGAGUUACCUGAGGACACCUACAGCCUUUGAUGUAACUGUACAUCAACAAACCUCCUGUACAGACUGUCUCUACUGAGUCAUUUCACGACUGACUAACAGUUAAAGAUGCUACCUUUUGUUUGCCUGACAUCACCUCUUUGAAGUCAUUAUUCUCUGAUCACUAAAAAACUGAAAAUGUCUGUACAUUGUAAUGUUUCUUUUUCUUCCUUGUAAGUCAACUGUGUUCGCUGUCUGGUUCCUAAAUACAACAGAGAAUAGUCUUGAGUUCAUUUCCAUGCAUCGCCGCCGAUUGAGGUGUUAUAAGAAGGAGUCACUGGAAGCUCACACAUGCUCAUUAAUUAAUUACAAAGCUCCAAAAAAUCAGCACUGUUUGAUUUCAGCUUCACGUCUCAUAUUGUAAAGACUAUAAUUAGUCUGAGAUUGUGUGUAUGUGUAUGUGUAUGAAGGAUGUGAUCCCCUGUCUGUUCUUUUAUUCUUAUCCAUUGUUGCACUUUGCUUCAGUGACCUUGAAACGGAGGACUCAUCUUCACAGCACUGAUUUGCUAAUUAUGCAAAAUGAAAGUCGAGGCGUCUUUGUCUGCCGCGUUUUCCUGUCCGUUCCUGUCCUUGCCCUCCAUUUUUUCAGUCGGGGGGGGUCUGUUUCUCCAGAGCCCCAGAGCGGAGUGGAUAAACUGUGACCCGGGCUUGUUUACCAUGCAUUAGAGAAGGUGUAUCAGAGGGUUUUCCAGGGCAGGGAUUGCAGGGAAGUAGUUUCAGAGUCCCAUGUGGUUUCCUUGACAAAAAGUGUUUACUCAGCCCUGCCAGAGAGCCAGAGCAUCAGGGUGGAGUCGCACUGUGACUAACAGGCUCUUAUGGAGGUUUACCCAAUAUGAUCUGAGCAUCCUGAUCCAGACUCCUCCACUACCCUACCUCACUGUAACAGAUUCAGGUUAAUCCUCUGCUUCUUUGUCAUUUUGUGUAUAAUGCAGCUGCUUAAAUCGCCUGGUUUAUGUUCAAAAGAGAAGGAAUGAGGGAUGAUGAAAUGAGGUGCAUUUUCAGUCAUCCCAAAUGAUUUUUGCUCUAGUUUGUUUGGCUGACAUACGUACAGUUUACAGUGGAGUCUGUACGUAUUUGCACUGUGACAUAUUUUCUAUUUUGUACCCUGUACUUCUGCACAUUCGAUUUUGAAUUCAGUGACUGUGGGUAAAGCUUAAAUUUGAUGCUGUUUGCAUCCAUUUGGGAUGAAAUGUGUUGGAAUCACAGCCUUGUCAUUGCCCUGCUGCGUCAAAAACUGGAGAAGGUUUAUAAAAAGGAACUGAGUCCAUCACUGGUAACACUCUUAAAGACACAGUUCUCCCAAAUUUCUCACCCGCCUCUAGUGGUAUCUCACGUUGCAGACUGUGGGACAGACAAAGCAGUGGGAAAUGACAUUAAAACAGUUGAGCAGCGACAUGUCUUUCCAAGAACAGUAUCCUGCUUACUGUUGAUAGUCCGAACCUCUCACGUAAAGGCUACCUGAAGAAUGGGUAGCAGAGAACGGAUGAAUGGAAAGUAAUGCAGAAGUAAUGAGGUAUUUUCUGACACCCCGGCGUAACCUUGGCUACUUUUGAGAUGAAUAACUUAAUAGCAAUAAAACAAGCGUUGGCCUUAAACAAACAAGCAAAUGUGAGAGGGGGAGAGAGAUGAAAAUAAGUUAUUUAGAGACCUAGAAACAGAAAUAUCCAGGAAGUCACAAGCAAAAUGUAAAGAUUGGAUGAACUUCUGAAAGAAUAAACCUGAUUUUCUUUGUAACAGAAA